AUGGCAAAAAAUAUGGAGAAUACGAGUUAUCGAAAGUUGGACGUGGACGCAUAUGAUCCGGAGAAGUAUGAAGAUAAUGAGGAUAAUGAAACACUAGCGUUGGGUCCUGAUGAACGAAACGUCUCGGUGUUACUUCAGAAUAUGCGACUUCAAGACGCACUCAAAGCAGCAUUGAUUAAUCCUCCUCUAAAGACCAAAAAUCAGGCAGUAAAAGAUCGUGCCACGGCACUCGUCACACGCGUUCUAACAAAUUUCAAAACGUCCGAUAUCGAGAGUGCAGUGCAGGGUUUGAGCGAUGAAGAAGUGGAUUUAUUGAUGAAAUACGUUUAUAAAGCGAUGGAUAUUCAAGCAGAUAAUGCCACUUGUCCGUAUUUGUUAUCGUGGCACGCACAGUUACUCGCCCGUGGAGGUUACGGGUCGAUCAUCCGUGUAUUUUGCGAUCGUCAACGACUUUGA